UUUCUCAAACAGUUGGGUAUACAUCCUGACUGGCAGUUUGUAGAUGUUUAUGGUAUGGAACCAGAACUGCUUAGCAUGGUGCCAAGACCUGUCUGUGCAGUCCUACUUCUGUUUCCAAUAACUGAAAAGUAUGAAACCUUCAGAACAGAAGAAGAAGAGAGAAUAAAAGCUAAAGGUCAAGAUGUCAAAUCAUCGGUGUAUUUCAUGAAGCAGACCAUUAACAAUGCUUGUGGAACAAUUGGCCUAAUUCAUGCUAUUGCAAACAACAGAGAUAAAAUGAACUUUGAAACUAAUUCUUCACUGAAAAAGUUCCUAGAAGAUUCAUUAUCUAUGACUCCUGAAGAGAGGGCCAAAUAUCUAGAAACUUAUGAAGCUAUUCGUGUCACUCAUGAAUCCAGUGCCCAUGAAGGUCAGACUGAGGCACCAAGUAUAGAUGAAAAAGUAGAUCUUCACUUUAUUGCAUUAGUUAACGUAGGUGGUCAUCUCUAUGAAUUGGAUGGACGCAAGCCAUUUCCAAUAAACCAUGGGGAAACUAGUGAUGAUUCGUUUUUAGAGGAUGCAAUAGAAGUUUGCAAGAAAUUCAUGGAACGUGACCCAGAAGAAUUAAGAUUUAAUGCAAUUGCACUGUCUGCAGCUUAAAAGCCUUUUUCCAGUGGGGAUAAUCUCUUGCAAUGUAUUGUGACAAUAAAACUGUUGCCAUAUGUUAAUAGUACAAAUUUUGAUACUUACCUAACAUGUUGAUUAAUUGUAGCAUAUGUGGAAUAAACUUUGCAUUUGUCUUUGCUUUAUCUUGCUGCUUGUUCCUAAAGCAACUUCAAGAAUUUAUAUACACGCAUGCAUUUUGUGCAAGACUUGUAUAUGGUGGAGUUUUCCCCUUCCACCCCCUUAAAAAUUUUGGGAAUUUCUGUCUGUCAUAUUUCAACAUAACAAUGAUGAGUUAGUUCAGAGCAGGAUUAUCAUUUGUAUCAUUCACAGAUAACAUUUUGAGUGGAGUAUGUGGUAUGUUGACGGGUAAAAACUUGAAAUAUGAGGCUAUCUGCAUCUUUUAAUUAAAAUGAUACAAGAGUAUUAUAAAAACUUUGCCAGGUGACUCAAAAGGCAAAGGCAUUUUUUUUUGCAGUGCGUUAUUUAUAAAUAAAUAUAUGGAAGAAAAAAAAAGGCAGAAAAAGGAUUGUUUCUUCUUACUGUUGGUGAGCACUAACGUUUUAAAAUAUUGAUCCUUACAUUUUGAAUAAAAGUUUUGUUUCUCAAGCCUAAUAAUGUUAAUAAAUUGUUAAAAAUCUUUAGUUAAACUGAUGUUUGCUAUUUGUGUGUAUGGAAAAGCAACAUGGAUUUUUUGCCCCAAAAAAGGCACGCAAGUAAUUAAAGCUAGUUCAGACGGUGGGACUGUAGAGGGAACAUGCAGGUGAACACAGCAAUGUUCUCGCCUAACUGAAAUAAAUGAUAGAGAAGUAAUGAUUGUUGUGAAGAAGUUUUGUUAACAAGAACAAACUAAAGAUUUUCAGAUAGCCAUGAUGGUCAUUUACUUUUUUUUCCCCUUUAGGAAUAUCUAUUUUAAGUUUGUCAGGUGGCAUUAGUGAAUGCUAUGUGAUACCUUUUCCCUGUGCCAUCCUUCCCACCUCACCCAGUGGAUCUUAAGGUACUGUUGACAAAUUUCUGCCCUUCAAUUAGUAAAACUUGGUUGAUUUGGGGAUUUGUGAGACUUGGAGGGGCUUUUAGGCUAAGCAAUCUUACACAUUAGGAUUCUUAUGAAGGUUGAUUUUGGUUUAUGCACAUGCUUUUGGCAUUCCAGAAAAAUAUUCCUUAUUUGUUGCUUUGAAAUGAAAUAAUUCAGGUUUGCUUCCAAUCAAGAUUUCUGCCAAUGGAAACUGAACCCUCUGUGUUGCAGAGGGUGCUUUCAUUCUCUGUCAAUUGUCAUUGCAUGAAAAAGGAAUAGGAGUAUGCCAGAAGCAAUCUGGCAGGGUUUCCUUCUUUAUAGGAAAGAAAGAGGCCUGGGAGUUUAUCACUUAAGAACAUCUUUUGAACUCCAAAGUAAAAGUUGGAGUGUCUAUCUAAAACAUCUCACCUGGAGAGUCUACUAACAACAAGGGUCUAUUUCCUGUAAGUGAGCUGAUUGGAAAAGUGAGGGGAACAACACUAAUGAGCUUCUCUUCUUGAGCACUUUUUCACCCCAAUAAAAGGAAGCAUUGUGAAGACUUGC